AAGACGCCUCAGCCGUGUGCAGUAAGAAUCUAGCGAUUCACCGGAAUUCUGAGAAGCAUUUCUGAACAUGUAAAUUUCGUAGGUCUUGUUUACUUUUGGCUGAAAAUAAGCAUUGAAAGCAGUCACUGCUUUCGCAUAGUCCUUCUCUUCUCCUCGAUCUGGAAGUGUUUCAAAAAUGUCGCUGGCCUCUUCACCAGCGGAGUAUAGUAGCAGCGCUCUCUUGCGUGAUGGAUCUUUCACAUCAUGAGCGGCGAGAUACAUUUCCAAACGUUUCAGCCAUUUUUUCCAACGUGGGCCGACUGAAGCGUUGUCUUAGUGGACGGAAAAUGAAGGACAUGGAAGUAAGACAUUCGCCAUUCCGCUUCGGCAACUGUGUGAUCGUCCCGUGUAAUCUUUUGAGGUAAUUUUUCGAUGUACCCCUAACAGUAAAUUACAGUAAUCUUCGUUACUACUGACUUGACUGACUCCUAGUGCGCAUGACCGUAACGCAAUACAGCGACACUACACUACUGGUUGCGUAUUUAUUGGUUGUUGUAUUUACCCUACAUAAAUACAACAGCAACGUGAAUACAAGAUCAGCGGACCCUUUUGUUUCCAAUUCUGCCAUCCACAGACUCUAAGUGAAACAAAAAAGUCAAAAUAUUUUAAACGAGCUGUCAGCCCUACGUACAAUCAAGGCAUUUACAUACCCAACACUGCACGUCAUAGGCUGCUAUCCGCACUCCAGACGAUGAAUCAACAGGCUCUCGAAAUAAGGAGAGAAACAUGGUGCAACCGCUUCGAUUCCAAGAAAUUUUUCAUUAUAUCCUGUUCAAUGGGUUUAAUUUUCUUCUCUCUCACUUUCAUGUACACAUUCACAAACCCACUACGGAGUGCACCAUUAACGCAACAUCCCAAGAGGGUGAAUGUCAUGUUAAUGUCUUGUCCAAGAUCGGGAUCUUCAUUUCUGGGCGAAAUUUUCAAUCACCACCCUGGUGUGUUCUACCUUUUUGAGCCAUUACAUCCUGUGCAAAAAAUGUUCUCUGGACAUUCCUUAUUCGAGUUUGAUUUCUCCUCUCCAUCUUAUCAAAAUAUAGUGUUCAAAGUUUUUGAGGAUAUUAACAACUGCAAGUUUGCUAGUGACUUGUUUACUCGUUACCUCAACCGGCAAAAUCUACGCCACAGCCUGGCACUAAACUCUAGAUUUUGCUUCAGAAACGGCACGUCUACAGUCUGCCAGAAACUAAAAACACGACAAUUUGAGGACGUCUGUAAAAAUAAUUACAUCAUGUUUGCUGCGAAAAUACUUACACCCAGAAUACUAAAUUCUCGUGGAGAAUGGAACAAGAACCUUUUCGAAAGUUGUUCUUCCAACGGCGCGAGUGAAUGUAAAAUAAUUCAUUUGGUCAGAGAUCCAAGAGCUGUUGUUGAUUCUUUGAAGUCUCUGGCGUUUUUUAGGAGAUCACAAGACCCAAGGCGCGAAUUAUCAUGGUAUGUUGAAAAAGUUUGCCAUCAAAUGGAGUUUGAUGUCAAGAUCGGGAAGUUGAUGAAGGCAUUUUCACCUGAUGGGUACAAGUUAAUCCGGUUUGAAGACCUCGCUCGCAAUCCACUGCGGGUAGUGAAUGAACUUUACAAAUUUACAGGAAUCGAAAUGUUAGAUAUCAUCAAGAAAUGGCUGCACGAGACGACACGAAUUAGUCACGGAAAUGCCUACAGCACCAGUCGUAACUCACAGCAAGUUGUUUCUAAUUGGAGGAGAAAAAUGAGCCCUGCUUCUGUGCAGAUUGUUGAAAAGUAUUGUGCAAGAGUAAUGGGACAACUGAAUUAUAAAUUAACUGGCAUGUCGCCGAAAAAGCAACUGAAUUUUAACAUUUCACUGAUCGAUUAAAGUGGUAUUUACCAUUCGUUCGUUUGUUCGUUUAUUUAUUGAUAUAUUUUGAAACACUUACAAAUCGGGCGGCAUGUAAAGAGAUGGAUGUUAAAAUAAAAGUAAACAGAAAGGAAAAGCUAUUAUUCUGAUAUUAUCUUUAAGCCGUACACACCAUACCCGACACUGUUUCCUUGCAAUCCUUGCCCCGUAACACGUACCACAAACUCUCACAGCCGUUUGGAAUUGCCAAAACUGUUUCCACAAAUGAAAAAGAAAAAAAAAAAAAG